AUGAUUCUCGAACAUUUUGAGGCAGGUGGAGAGCGACUGCUUGGCUCGUUUCGAGAACUGUGGGAUAUUCUCAUCGAAAUAACAGCGGAAAAAACACCAGAGGUCGAUAGGGCGAAAGGCCAACAGCCUAGAGAAAUUCUCUGCAUCCUAGAUGCUCUAGAUGAAUGCGAAGAGAAAGGCCUACGACAGCUGGCCGAAGCCUUUCGAAAACUCGACCGGACUCACAAAAGCAAUGUUGUUUUGAAAUUCCUGCUAAGUAGUCGGCCACACAUUCAUAUUCAACGCGCGUGCACCUCUCUGGGGAAUACUGUCCCUACCAUCCAUCUCAGUGGGGAGGACGAGACCGAGGUCAAGAAGAUCUCGCAGGAAAUCAACACUGUCAUAAAAUUCAGAGUUAGAGAGCUGAGUACCAGGCUGGACCUCCUUCCAGAAGAACAACAAACCCUAAAGGACGAGCUAACCAGUGUACCCAAUCGGACAUAUCUCUGGGUUCACCUUGUUUUCGAAAUCAUUCAAGAGAGCAUCGACAUCAGCCAGGAGUCUCUACGGGCCCAGGUCCGCAAACUUCCUGAAACAGUAGAAGCGGCUUACGACAAAAUCCUUUGCAGGAGCCGUGAUCCUACAAAGGCGAAGAGACUUCUGCAUAUCGUUGUGGCAGCUGAAAGACCGCUCUCGCUGGAAGAGAUGGCACUGGCUUUGGCGAUCAGAGAAAAUCACCAGUCAUUCAAUGACCUCAAGCUGGAACCACUAAGUCGAUUUCGCAACACUGUUCGAGAGAUCUGCGGCCUACUCGUGGUCAUUAUAGAUUCGAAAAUUUAUUUGCUCCAUCAAACAGCAAAAGAAUUCUUGGUCAAAACAGAAACUUGCAACCGAGGGGACUCCCUCAGCCGUGAGGUAGACAGUCUUCGAUGGCGACAUUCACUGCUGCCUGCAGAUUCUCAUCGUGUUCUAGCGGAAAUAUGUAUGUGGCGACUGCUAUGGACAAAUGACAAGCUUGAUACUGCGGAUUGCUAUAGAUACAGGAAUAAAUUCCUUGAUAGCCACAUCAUGCUCGUAUAUUGUGUCCAAAAUCGGGCUAGCCACUUCCGCAAGGCCCAUUUAGAAAACAGCACCGCGACGGUGUCAUUAGCAUUCAGACUAUGUUCUGAUGUGGUCGAUCCCGCCUUUUGGUUUAUGGUGGAUGAGACCCCAGUCUCUGAUAGAUAUGUUCCCCGAGCACAACACUUUGACUGUCUCCUGGUCGCUUCAUAUUUCGGGGUCGAGAGUGUCGUUAAGCUGUUUCUCGAAACUGAUACUGGCGUAAAGUCACAAGAGCGAAUACUCGGAAGGACAGCCCUAUGGUGGGCAGCAUAUUGGGCGGUUGAGAACGGACAUGAAGCUGCUCUUAAACUACUAAUUGAUACGGGCGAACUUGAUAUCAACACGAAAGACGCCCGUGGUCGGACGCUACUGGCCCAGGCCGCUAGUUCCGGCUACGAUCCUAUUGUCAAAUUAUUACUCGAUGUUGGUAGUGCGCAUGUAGAUGCGCAAGACGAGGGUGGCACAACGGCGCUCUCAUUUGCUGCCGCUUGCGGCUACGAGAGCAUCGUCAAACUUUUACACAGCACCGGCCAAGUCGAUCUUGAAUCGAAAGAUAAGAAAGGCCGGACGCCUCUUAUAGAUGCCACCUUAGCGGGACAGAGCGCUAUAGUUAUGUGGCUGCUCAAGACCUGUAAUGUCGAUGCUAACGCGAGGAAUACCGCACUUUCGUAUGCGGCCAGUUAUGGACGUAGGGAUGUGGCGAAAGGCCUGCUCAAUACCGGAAAGAUCAAUGCUGACUCGAGUGAUGAUUUCGGUCGGACAGCACUUUCGAAUGCGGCUGGGAAUGGAAAUAAGGCUGUGGUGAAAGUCCUCCUUACUGAUGGUAAAGUUGAUCCCCAGUCCAGAGAUCGAGAAGGGUAUACACCCUUAUGGUAUGCGACACACCCAGAAGUUACGUCCAAAGAGCGCGGUGACGUUGCUGAGUUAUUGCGAUCCAAACACUCUGAUGACUCUGUAUCUCAAGUAUAA